AAGACGUCUCUUCUGGGUCAUAUUCAUACUCUUCUACUUCGGAAUGAAGCAUUCACGUCCGUGCGAGGCGGGUCACGUAUAAUGUCGCUGCCGCAAUGAAUUGUGGGUCGUCUGUAUCUCCUUACUCUCACAUAGGAAGCUCCAGUGUACCCUUUGCUGAAGGAGCUCCUUUCCUGUGCAUUUUAGAGAAUCCGAACAGCUCUCCUCAUGGCUGCCGAUCAAAUACAAUUUGACAAUUUGACCUCGCCCUUAUUACCAUUCCGGUUGCGUCUCUAUUCAUUUUUGUCAGCUCCUUCAUCCCUCGUUGUGUCCCGUUUGGUUUCGACAUAUCUCCCCUUCCGGUUCCCCUGUCUCCAGUUCCGCCGCAUGUUUGGUGCGCGUUGUGUCGGGUGUUUCCUGUUUUAUUUUGAAGUCUGUCGUCCACUUCCCUUCCACCCGCAACCGUGUGGUUGUCCGCCGCUUUACUCUGUCCGGUGUUUCCCGCCUCCUGUGAUUGCCCGCACCUGUUCCUAAUGUGUGUCACCUGCGUCCAGUUCCCUGGGAGUGUGUCACUUCCUCUCUGCUCCGCUCCUCGUCUCCUGCUCGCGUCGAGCUCCACGUCUGGAUUUCUUCGCCUUCCAGGACUGCGUGUCACGUGAUACCUGCUGCUGUACCCUCCCAGCUUGGGACCAAUAAAGUUAUGCAUCUAAAGUGUCUCUGCCUCUGGGUCGUUCUUCGUCAUGAACGGGACAAACGUCAAGUUGUGUUUGCUGCUAUAGGCCGCACACGCGAAGUGUGAGUUUUGCUUCAUGCAAGCGACUCUUGGCCUCAUCGGACAAGAAGGCUUCUCUCUCAUGGGGUGCCGAGCUCGUCCAGCGGUACUUGGUCAGACCCCGCCGGUUGUGUUGGCCGGUGUGAGCGGCCCCUCGCCUGCAGGAACAUGUGAUGGCAGGUGGCAGCCAAGUUCUUCCUGCUCACAGCUCAGUAGUUUGAUCGACCAGAAGAGGAAGCAGACGUUGUUCCUCUCCCCCACAGAGAUGGUUGGUGGUCGCCUCUGUUGCCUGAGCCGCUCUCUACAACACAGUGGGCUCCUUCUUCACACGCUGCUGCACUGGGUUUACCUCCAUGAUGCGGAGGCUUCCGACUGUCAACUUAUCUUCCAUAAGCAAGUUGGAGACACGGUGGAGUUUCCCUCAUGCUCGCCACCUGAAGGGGUCGACUUCCCAACUUGGAACUAUAAUAAAGAUACACUAGUAGCAGAAAAUACUAUGACUGUAUAUCCAAAAUCUAUGUUUCAGGACAGAGUAGAACUAAACCCCAAAAACUUCAGUUUAACAGUGAGAAAUCUGACUCGUCAAGAUUCUGGUGUUUUCAGUUUUCUCUCAGAAGUGAACGGGCAACAAAGGCAUACGGUCACCAUCACUCUGCAAGUUCACGAGCCCAUAACCGUGCCCGUCCUGACCGCCAAAACCACCUGGAAUGCCUCGACCGCGUCCUGCACAGUGUGGCUGGAGUGCAUUUCACGCUCCGACAGCAACGUCACCUACAAAUGGGCCGUGGGGAACCAGACCCUGAGUGGCCGCAGGCUGACGUACAGCAUCUGGCCACUGGACGGAGGAACCAGAUUCACCUGCAACAUUUCCGACUCUGUCCGUGAGGAGUCUGCAUCAAAAACGGUGAAGUGCAUGAACGCAACAUCCGACGCCGCGGAAACAGCAGAAAACCUCAUCUUGUUCGUGGGUGUGGCAGCAGGAGGUGCGUUGAUGGUUGUCAUCGCGGCAGUUAUCGGUGUAUGUAACUGCAAACACAGACAAGCUGGCGGCGACUCAAACGACCUCACCGUGUACGCCGAUAUCGCCGACGUCGCGAUCGUCAAAGACAGGACGUCAGCUCUGAUGAACUCCUCAGUGUACGACACUAUUGACAACAGAGUCGCACCUCCACCUGGGCCUCUCACUGUGUAUGACGAGAUCCAGCUGAGUCGUAUGAGAAAGGCCACGGAGUCGCCCUCCUAAGGCGUUUCGGGGAUCGCAGCGUAAAUGUGAACUUCUGCCUCACAAAGGUGCAACGUUGUCUGAAGGCCACAAACCGAGGCGGAGACUCCAGCAGCCGACAUUUUCCGUUUUUUGUGCCCUGAGAGGAGAUUUCACCUUGUUUGAUUGAAUUUUAUUUUUUUCCAUCUUGCAUUCAUCAGUGUCAGUGUUGUAAAUACAGAGAAUAUAUUGUGUAAAACGUGUGCAUUUUGUCAGUCUUUGUAAUCCCUCACAAAGUUGGCCAUAUUAAACUACAUUUGCUUUCAUUUUCUGCAAUAAUUUUUAAAUCGUGUCAUUGUUUUGUAUCAAACAGUAACUAGUUUAUUGCUUUACAAAGAGUCUUUACAGCCAGAAUCUCAGUACCUGCACAAUAAACUCUUUACACAGUU